AAAAGCCGCCUUUUUUUCAUAUUCCUUUUUUGCUUUCUUUUCAUUUGACCUUUUCCCGAUUCAUUUGUACAGCUUUUUCUUCCCCAAUUUUUUUCCUGUUACAGAGAGAAAAAAGACAUGAAUGGAGUCGCUCCGCCGAGGAGUAUGGGUUCCGAUGGUGGCGCAGUUGAAAAUACGCCGUUUCUCCGGAUGUAUCAGACCUGGAAAGGCAGUAAUAAAUUUUGUCUUCAAGGAAGGUUCAUAUUUGGGCCUGAUGUGAGAUCACUCUUUAUGACUAUCUUCCUUAUAGUUGCCCCAGUUGCUGUGUUUUGCGUAUUUGUUGCGAGGAAACUUGUAGAUGACUUUGCUGGUCAUUGGGGGUGGUCUAUCAUGGUCGUAGCUGUUGUUUUUACACUAUAUGUUUUAGUCCUGCUUCUACUGACAUCUGCAAGAGAUCCUGGUAUUAUUCCUCGCAAUCCUCAUCCUCCAGAGCUAGAGAACUUUGAAGGAAGUAUUCAAACUGGACCUGGUCAAACUCCACAAUUACGUUUGCCCCGCAUCAAGGACGUGAACGUCAAUGGAAUAACUGUAAAAGUCAAAUAUUGUGAUACCUGCAUGCUAUAUAGGCCUCCGCGGUGUUCUCACUGUUCAAUUUGCAAUAACUGCGUGGAACGAUUUGACCAUCACUGUCCCUGGGUUGGGCAAUGUAUUGGAUUGAGGAAUUACCGCUUCUUCUUCAUGUUUGUAUUCUCAACAACCCUUCUUUGCUUGUACGUCCAUGGCUUCUGCUGGGUCUAUAUUAGAAGGAUCAUGGAUGGUGAGCAAACCAACAUCUGGAAAGCAAUGGCCAAGACUCCUGCCUCCAUUGUGUUGAUCGGUUAUACAUUCAUAUCAGUCUGGUUUGUUGGUGGCUUGUCUGUCUUCCAUCUUUAUCUCAUUGGCACAAACCAGUCUACAUAUGAGAAUUUUAGAUAUCGAUAUGAUCGGCGGGUCAAUCCUUUUGACAAAGGUGUAAUCCAUAACUUCUUAGAGAUAUUCUGCACCAGUAUUCCUCCUUCCAGGAACAAAUUCAGGGAGAGAGUGCAGAGAGAACCUGGGAUACCAGCUCGUGAAGUGGCUGGUGGUUUUGUUAGUCCGAACUUGGAGAAAACAAUGAGCGACUUAGAAAUGGGAAGGAAGCCAGGUUGGCAUGAGACUGCAACAGGAACUGAUGAUUUUGAAGAACAACCUAGAAAUGAUAAUCAGUUAGAUAAGGAUGAAGAACUCUUGGCUGCAUCCCCAGAGCUAAGCAACACCACCUUGGCUGAAGGGCGUAGUAUCCUACAUCCUAGGCGCUCUAGUUGGGGAAGAAGAAGUGGAACUUUGAAUAUACCGCCUGACGUAAUUGCCAUGGCAUCUGAAAUUGGAGAGUCUAAUCGGACGACUGUCAGUGAUAGUGCUUACCGGAUUGACAAUCAGCAAUAGUAUGUUGUUUAAAUUAUUGUAGAACAACUGACAAAGUCAAAGGAGAUCCUGUCCCGUCCGAGGAUGGGAUCAGGUUAUCCUUGAGGAGGUGUGCUGUUGUGUGUAUAAUUCUAUUUUCUUCUACGUUUAGUUUUCUUUUGUUGAAA